AUGCCUCAAGACGCUCAAGUGGUGCGCCGUGCAGCGUCGUACUGCGAUCUGGGGAGUGAUGGAUCCGUCGACGUGCAGACGCCAUAUACACUAGCGGCUUCAGGGUUCCAUCUUUCGCUCCCUCGCCUCUGGAGGGUUCCAAAGUUUGUCAUCGACUUUGCCACACCCGAAGCCCGGCACCCAAGCCUCGCAGUGGGCCAUGUCGAACACUACGGAGGUGCAUCGACGCCCGUACGCUCUCGGGGGCAUCGGAUGAACCUCGCGCGGGUUAUCUUGCUGCUUUGA